AUGGUCAGCCCAAAAGGCUCGACGAGGCAGAGUUCGACGCCUCACAGUCAAACCGUCUUGCUGCUCCUCGUCUUCGGCCUCCUCGGUCAGCCUCCUUCGCCAUUGGCGACGGCGACGGCGACGGCGACGGCUACGGCGACUGCGACGGCGACGGCGACAGCGGCGGCGCUGGUCAGCGACGGCGAGCACGAUGCACUCAGAGGUCGGCCGAUGGUUGGCGGUCGUUUUGGUGCUUUCUUGAUUAAAAUUGCCGAUUUCAAGAGUCAUUCACGCCGACGCAGAGAUGGCUCAUGCUGCGGUGGUCCAGCCGUCGAAGGUCGCCUCGAAGCUCGACGGAGGUCGGACCAAUCGGCGUCGGAAGAAGCAAGGUUGGCAGAUGAGCACGACGUGUGGCUGGAGACGCCGGACGUCGGGGACUCGACGAGAGAGGACGACUGCGCUCGAACCAUCUGCAGCCUCGAGUUUCGCGUCUGUCUUGACGGUUACGCCGUGACGGUGCCGCUACUCGAUCCUCGACCAUAUCCGGGCCCCUGCGUCUACGGCCAGGCAUGGUCGGGCCAUUGGGGCCUGUCCGACUUCUCGUAUGUGCGGACCAUCUUUAUGGCCCAGGCACAGGGUCUUUCAUCUCUUCUUUUGGUAUCUUCGCUUGAGAUGAACCUUCCUCGCAAAAUUACUCCACUUCCUGAAGGUUCUCACCUUGAAGUAAAAUUUGUCAAUGCACUUCAAGUCCACUCUCUUCAUGUCAGCUGUCAACAUCUGCGCCUGCUUGGCUGA